AUGAGAGGAGGUGGAAACAGUGCUAAAAGAAAGAGAGUUGGCCAUUUCAACAGGAAAGGGGAGGUAGAUAUUAGCUUUAUUCAGGAGAUCAAAAUGAGUAAAAUGGACAGUGGUAUCGUUAGAGAUCUGUGGGGAGAUGAUAUGGUGGAAUGGUCCUUUUCGGAAGCGGUUGGGGCGUCGGGAGGUUUGUUAACUAUGUGGAAGAAGGACCUUUUCAAUCUGGUUUUUAGUUUUAAAGGGCAAGGUUACCUUGGCCUUUGUGUGGAAAAGAACGGAAAGUUGAUUUAUUUUGUCAACGUUUACGCUUCGUGUGAUAUUAACCGUAGAAUGGAAUCCUGGAAGAGAUUGAUAGAGUUCAAGAUGAAAAAUGAGAAGGGAGCUUGGUGCUUAGGAGGUGACUUCAACUCUAUUUCAUCUUUGGAGGAAAGGGUUGGUAAAUUAGGAAGGAGCUAUAGAAGGGAGAUGUCGGAGUUCAAUGCCUUUAUAGAAGAAAUGGAUUUGGUGGAUCUUCCAACAAUUGGAGGAAAAUUCACUUGUUCAAUAGUAACGGUAAAGCCAUGA